AUGGAAGGCAGCACGGGCGGACCGCUGAUUUCCUACUCGGAGCUGCAGAAGCAUGCAACUCCAGAUGAUUGCUGGAUUGUUGUCCAUGCCAAAAUCUACGAUGUAACAGCCUUUCUGGAGGAGCAUCCUGGAGGGUCGGCGAUUAUCCUCAAGUACGCCGGAAACGAUGCGUCCAAAGCGUACGACGAAGUACACGCGCCGUCGAUGAUCUCGAAAACUCUCGAGAGCCAUCGAUUCAAAGGCAUGAUCGAUCCGACAGCGCAACUUCCGUCCGUCGAUACACUGUCAGACUCCAGCGCCUUGACCGAGCCAGACACAAUUCCUCCACUAGAAAGCCUCAUCUCCGUCCACGACUUCGAGGACGUUGCGCAGAAGAAGUAUACGGAAAAGACAUUUGCCUUUUAUUCGUCUGCAGCGACCGAUCUGGUCUCCCACCAUGCGAAUCUCGAGAGCUACCGACAGAUUCUGCUUCGACCCCGCGUGCUGCGCAAUGUCAAAGAGGUGGAAAUUCCUCGAACGAUCCUCGGUUGCUCGUCCAGUGCGCCGUUCUUUGUCAGUCCGACGGCGAUGGCGAAGCUGGCUCAUCCAGAUGGUGAGCUUGCGGUUGCGAGGGGAUGUGCGCAGGAGGAUAUCAUCCACAUUAUUUCGAACAACGCGUCAUACCCUUUGGCAGAGAUUGUGGCUGCUGGUAAACCGGGUCAAUCAUUCUUUCUCCAGCUCUACGUCAAUUCCGAGCGACACAAGACAGAAGAACUCCUCCAGGAAGCUGCGCGACUAGGGAUCCGCGCUAUCUUUGUAACCGUUGAUGCACCCAUCCCAGGAAAGCGAGAAGCGGAUGAACGAAUCGCAGCUGGAAACCUGGUCUCUGCGAUGAGCGGCGCAGUGGCCAAGAACGAUAAGAAAGGUGGUGGUCUUGGUCGCGUCAUGGCCAAGUACAUCGACUCGACACUAAAUUGGGAGGAUCUCGCCUGGAUCAAAAGGGUGUCGGGUCUACCUGUCGUCUUGAAAGGAGUUCAGACUGGACAUGAUGCUCGCAUGGCUAUUGAAUAUGGGGUUGACGCGAUUAUGCUGAGCAACCACGGCGGAAGAUCGUUGGAUACUGUUCAGCCAGCGAUCCUCACGCUACUUGAGCUACAUAAAACAUGCCCCGAAAUCUUCGGCCAGAUGGAAGUCUACAUAGAUGGAGGCAUCCGCCGCGGAACAGACAUUCUCAAAGCCCUCGCACUGGGCGCAACUGCUGUCGGUAUCGGUCGGCCAUAUCUCUAUUCCCUGACAUACGGGCAAGACGGUGUCGAGCACCUAACGCAGAUCCUGAAAGACGAGCUCAUCUCGGCCAUGAAGCUCAGCGGCAUCACACACAUCGAUCAGGCGCAUCCGGGAAUGGUCAAUACAGGCUAUGUAGAACAUUUCGUUCGUGCGACAGAGGCACAUCCGUGGAUUACUUGGGCCCCUCGCGCGAAGAUAUGA